CUACGGACAAAGUCCGAGCUUGCGGACAGGCUCCGGCCGACAGCGUCCGGCAGCGCGGCAGAGCCCCGCCCCCGCGCGGGGGCACGCUUCCCGACGGAGUUCUCGCGCUCUGAUCCCUGGAGCACCCCUGGGGCUGGUCAUCCCUCUCUGGUCCCCUGUUCAGAGGUCAGCUGAGCUUGGAAGGGCCUGGCUCCUGUGGGUUUGACACACGAAGCCAUGACCCUGGGCCUCCGUCUCCCAGCUGUAACAUGAAGAAAGGAAGACUUUUCUCAAGGAGCGUAGUACAACAUUCACUGAAAUCAAGGAUGUAAUGCUGAGAGUGAAAUGGCACUGGGAGCAGGGCUUGGUGGGAGUGCUGCCCCCUCAUGUGCCCUGGAACCUCAGACUGUGGAAGCACAGUGGAUUGCCUACUCAGAGGGGAUCGGGCCUAGAAUAUUUUCUGAAAGUGGAUGAGGCUGAGUAGCUCAUGUGCUGUGGAAGGGACUCCUGCAAACGAGGACAACUUAGGUUUAUCGAGUGUCUUCUACGUGCUGGACCCGUGAACAGCACACACCGUGCCUCCUCUCCUGGAUUCCAGUCAUUCCCCAGACGGACACAGGUACCCGUCAACCUGGGCCAGACUUGGCUUCUUGUCCCCUCUCCUGGGAGUCCCUCACCUCUCAGACUCCGAUUUGGACCUGGAGUUAGGAUCUGGGGCCCUGGCCACUAAGUGGAGGUGCAAACUGUGCGGGCAGAUUUGGGAUCUCCUGGGGUCCCUGAAUCUUCUAAUGCUCCUGAGAUAAGGGACGCUUCAGAAGUCCCAGCCUUUCUAAGCUGGAAAGGGCCAAGUGGACUGAAAUUCAGGUGAACUAAACAAGGAACAAAGGCAGCACUGGGUGCCUGUGACGGGACCCAUUGUCUCCUUGAGGAGGAGACACACUCCGAGGACUCUCGGUAAUUCCUGGUCCCAGGUCAGCCGCCGACAGGAGCUGGCAUGUCCUCCGUGGUGAGGGGCCUGCGUCCGGGCCCUCUGUCCUGGGGCAGCACUGGUGGCUGUGAAUAAUGGAGAGACAGAGGCCGGUCUCUGCCCCAGGGCCCCCGGUGCUGAGAAAGGAAGUGCCUGGCUUUCUGGGCAGAGUGGGCUGUGCUGCAGGUGCCAUUGGGGUGGGCAGGAAAGGGGUGUUUUUUCCCAAGCCGACCUAACGGUUGUCUAGCACCACAGAGGCCUUUUAAAGGGCUGGGAGGAGCCCAGGCCCAGUGUUUUCCUGGAGUCCGGGUUGUGGGGGUCCCGCCAGCUCAUCAGCAUAAGGAUCAGGAAGGGAAGGCCCCUCUCCUCCUGGGACUGUUGCCAGCCCUCCCCCUGCCCUCCCCCUGGGCCCCCGGGCUCUGGGCUGGCCCUGCCUGCUGCCCUGUCUCUCUCCCCAGCCCCGAGGAAAUGGAGGAUUUCUGCAGCCACUCUGUGCUCUGCCAUCUCACCUGCCUGCUCCUCCUCGUCCAGCUGCCCACUGCGGGGUCCGUAGAGGAGUUCCUGGUGGUUGGCCCCUCGGAACCCAUCGUGGCAGUGCUUGGCCAGGAUGUCGCACUGCCCUGUCGUGUGUCCCCGACCAUGAGUGUCGAAGACAUGGAGCUGAGGUGGUUCCGCUCCAAGUUUUCAGAAGCCGUGUUCAUCUAUCAAAACCGACAGGAGCAGAAUGAGGAGCAGGUGGCUCAAUAUGUAGGGCGGACCUCACUGGUGAGGGAUCUCCUCACUCAGGGGGGAGCUGCCGUGCGCAUCCAUAAGGUCCAGGUUGCCGACAAUGGGCUGUUCACCUGCUUCUUCAGAAAGGGAGGCUUCUACGAAGAGGCCAUUUUGGAGCUGAAGGUGGCAGGUGUGGGCUCUGCCCCUGCAGUGCGCAUCACAGGCCCGGAGGAGGACGGGGUCCGCGUGGUGUGCACGGCCUCGGGGUGGUUCCCGAAGCCCCAGGUGCAGUGGAGAGACCUCCGUGGAGGGAAGUUCCUGGCGUUCUCUGAGGCCCACGCCCAGGAUGCUGAAGGGCUGUUCAGUGUGGAGGCCACUCUGGUGGUGAGAGACAGCUCUGUGGGGAACGUGACCUGCUCCCUCCUCAACCCUGUCCUGGGCCAGGAGAAGGCCAUGGCCAUUUUCAUCCCAGCGCCCUUCUUCCCCCAGGCGUCUCCCUGGAAGCUGGCUUUCCAGGUGAGCCUGACUGUGCUGAUGAUCCUACUCCUUGGGGCUGGAUGUUACACCAGGAGAGAACAUGCCACAAAGUUACAGGAGGUUGCGAAAAAGAAGCGUCUCUGCCUGGAUAAGGAGCAGGACCAGCGGGAACAGGAGGAGGCACGGAAGGAGAUCGGUGAACUCCAGGCACAACUUGCCUGGAGGAAGUCAGUGUACCUGGCUGCCUGGAGGAAGGCCCAGCUGUAUGCAGAUUGGCGGAAGGAGAAGUUCCAGGCCUGUCCUGUCACUCUGGAUCCAGGAUCUGCCCAUUCAGACCUUGUCAUCUCUCAUGAAAUGAAAAGUGUGGCCUGGAAGGACUGCAAUAAUCCCUCAUCAGACAUCUGCAGCGUACUGGGCUUUGAGAGCAUCGCAGCCGGGCGCUGGUACUGGGAGGUGGAGGUCAGGAAUGGAGACAGAAGCGAGUGGGCUCUGGGAGUCUGUAGGGAAGGUGUGAACAGGAAAGGUUGGUACGUAGAAUCACCAGAUAGGGGGUUCUGGGUUUUGGGUCGAUUUGGAAGUGGAUACUGUGCCCGUACUAACCCUAAAACUGAGCUCUCCUGUAGGCAGGUUCCCCACAAGGUGGGGGUGUUCCUGGACCACGAGGAAGGGGAUGUCUCCUUCUAUAACAUGACUGACGGCUCCCACAUUUUCUCCUUCCCUCAGGCUUCCUUCUCUGGGGCCCUCUUUCCAUACUUCAUGUUUAUAUCAGGAGAUGUGUCCAUGACUGUCUGCUCCACGGCGGGUGGGUCUGAGGGGCUCCCUGUGCCCCUUAACAGUUCUUCUCUGGAGGAGCCUGUGAGCCUCCCAGAGGAGGGGUUCUGCUCAGGCUGUGGUGCUGAUGCUCCCCCGGGGGUUCAGUCUCCAUUACUCCCCUGCAGCCCUGGGGCUGCAACCCCAUAGGGCCCCCUCACUGUCCCAGACCCCUCACUGUGGCCUUUCCUGGAGCUGGAGAUCCCAUGUGAUUAAGGCCUCAGAGUGGACUGUUGAUGGCUGGGAGUCUUGCCCACCUGCUCUGGAGACAGACUCCUGGGUGCAUGGUUAGGAGAAGAGUCAGUUCAUGCCAUGUGCUCAAGUAUCAGAUUAUAAAAGUUGACCCUUGGAGCUGGUUUGGGGAUAGGGUGCAUUUUAUUUUGGGAAGUUUUUUUUUCUUUUGGUAAUGAAAAAUAUUUCAUGAGGUUUUUAUACUGUUUGAAUAGGAUAGGUGAUGAGAGUUUGAAUUACUCUGCAGAAUAAAGUGGUAUUUCCUUUAUCCAAUUUGAGUUUGUGCAGAAGAACCCAGAGGCUGACAGUGGGUCCCUGCUCUAUCUGAGAGAUCUGCACUAUCAAGCCAGAAAAGGUGACCAUCGAAAAAUUUCCAGGGAGUUGGGUGGCUCCUGAAAGUAGUGUGAUAUUUUUAUUUUAUGUAUUUCAUAUUCUGAGAUGGAUAAAACACACCCAUUUUCCUUUUUUUUUAAAUUGACCUGUAGUCAGUUGACAUCGUUGUGUCAAUUUCUGGUGUAUACAGCAUGGUAUUUCAGUCAUACACAUACAUGCAUAUAUUCCUUUUUAUAUUCUUUCUCACUAUAGGCUACUACAAGUUAUUGAAUAUAGUUUCCUGUGCUAUACAGUAUAAACUUGUUUAUCUAUUUUAUACAUAGAAGUUAGUAUUUGAAAAUCUCGAACUCCCAAUUUAUCCCUUGCCACCCCCUUUCCUCUGGUAACCGUAAGUUUGUUUUCUAUACCUGUGAACCUGUUUCUGUUUUGAAAACAAGUUGAUUUGAAACACACCGAUUUUCCCAAACCUCAGUAAAUUUCCAUUACCUGUGAAAAACUUGUACUUUGUUUAUUUAAAGAAUUGAGGAGAAAGAUGUGGGUUUUUAAUUUUUGUCAAUAGCAAGUGGAAAAUAGAGAAUUGCUGUGUGAAUUAAGAUAUAAAUGAAGAGAAAGCUUUCAGAGGCCGGGGGAAUUGCAGAAAGGUUUGAGCACGAGCAUGGAGCCAGCUAUCAGCGUACUGUCUCUCAGGACUCCCGAGUCCAAUGGUAAAUGUUAAUGGAAAACUACAGCAAAGAAAGAGAAGCAGGACUGUUGAGGACUGAGACCUUUGGGAAUGGAGGUGUGGUCACUCAGCCAGGUGGAGAACUCUGAACCUGCUCUGGUUCUGGGUGAGAAGACACAGAAGGUGGGAAGUGGAAGAAGUGAUGGGUCCCGAUUCUGCCCUGUGACCAGUGACAGAAAGAGGACUCUACCAGCCUUGCAUGUUUUCUCUUUCUUGUCAUGUGUGAGUGCGUGUUGAUUUGUGUUCAUGUUCCAGUUUCUUCCUCUCCCUUCUUCUUUCCCUUAUGCUUAUAUUCAAGUUGUUGGAGGUCAUGUUUUUAAUAUAGUCUUUGGGGACCAGAAUGAUCCAAGGCAUUGUGACUGUGUUUGAGGUAUGGAUAACCGAGCAGUGUUGGCUCCAAUUUCUGCGACUGUCUGUCUCCUCAUUUUGGGGAAAGGGUGAGAAAUUCUGCAUUUGUAAGUGGAGCUUACAAAUGGGUGAGAAGGCAGAGUUGUGUUAUUAUGUGGAAGUUCAACUGUGUGUGUGGCAGCUGAGUGGCCAAAGUGUGGACUGUGCUCCUUAUGAAUUUGUUGCCUCUUGGUCCCCAAUCUACCCUGUAUUUCCCCUGCUUUGUGGUCCUGGAGCUGAACCCCAUAAACAUCUCCUCUCGCAUGUGGCGCAGUGUCAGUAAGUGAAGGGGACACCGCGGACAUAGCAGAGGGCAGGGCUUGUGUUGUCAGUCUGAUGCUUUUCUUCUGGAUCCUACGAUGGGACAGCCAGUGGCCUGCACAAGGUCCAAGAUCUCUCUUUUUUCGUGAACGUGUCUGGCAUUGCAGCAGGCUGUUUUCCAGAGGCUUGCUUCCCGUGGAAACUUGCAGUCCUCCAGUGGGUGGUGUCCUGCCCAGCAGCCUUGGCUGGUGACACAUUGUAGAACUUCUUCACUUUCCAGGGGGCUACAGUCCCCUUUUGCCCAACAAGCUCUGAAUCCCAGAUCCUCUCUAACGAGAGUUUUCUCCCAAAUUUCUCCUUUGCUUGGGUGUCUGCCUCAGCCCUAGAGGGAACGUGUGCCCCCCAUGUCUGCUAUUUCUCUAUUCCUUAGUGUGGUUUUUUUUUACCUCCUUUAAUAGUUAACUACUUUUUCUAGUUAAGAAUUUCUCAUCUAAUUUUCCCUGUUCAAAUGACUUAUGUGGUUUCUGUCUCCUGACUGGGCUCUGACUGACGUAAAAUCUGAAGUGCAGUGUAGGUUGGAGCGGGGCCCUGCCCUGCCCCGCCCCCAGCGUGUGGAAGGAGUAGUGGAGGCACUGACAAACUCAUUAAAGUGGUUCAGCCCAACAACAAAGUCACACAAAUACAUUGUUGGAGUGUUUGUGUGAAGUUUAAGUAUUCUGUAUGUUAAUAUAUUUUGCAUUAUGCUUAUCCCCACUUCCGUUUGUCUUGUACCUUUAUGAUAGUGUAGUACUUUUGGAUGAGCUAUGGGCAUAUUUCCUUCAAACUAGAGGAAAAAAAAAGAAAGGUACGCGUGUGAUAUGAAUCAUCCACACAAAAGAGGAAUAAUCUUUGUAAACAAGAGGACUAGUUGCCUGAGUAAUUCCAGAAAGAAUAGUAAGAAGUUCGACUAUGAAUUUUCUGCCAAGGGAAGAAAAAAGAACCGGGUAAAACAAGGCAGCGAUGUAAAUGGAAAACUAUUUCACUCGACUCAGGACGUGUCAGCCUUGGUUUCAGUGUGAAAAGGGAGAUGUUAACUUUUGUUUCUUAUGAGACCUCUGUUCCAUCUGAGUUGUUCAAGCACUGAGUAUGAUUUUCAUGUUUAAAAUGCAUGUUUCAUUUGUUGCAACCCUAUUUAUAAUGUUAUGUCCAUUACUGUAAACUUUAUACAUUAUAUGCCUACUUUAUGCAUGGGGCUGUCCACCCCAGCCAUGGAGCUGUACUUGAGGAGAAAGAUAAAGGAUUUUUAAUAGUCAUUUUGACCAUACAUAAGAUUUGCCUUCCCAGGAACCACACUCUUUGUGUAAGAUGGGGCUACAUACCAGUGGCAUUGCUGUGGAGAAACAGACUUAUUUUUUACUUUGCCCUCACCCCUGAACUCUUUCUCUGGUUCAUUGCUACUCAUUCAGUUGAUGCUCAGGCUCUCUCUCCAAUUUAAAUGGAAUGUUUUCCAUUAGUUGGUCUCACAGAAUACUGUUCCUUAACUUUUGAUUAGUUAUUUCAAUUUACAGUUACUCCUGAUUAUUUGAUUGAUGCUGAGGUCUCCUCCAAAAUAUAGGUCCCAUAGGGGACAUGCAUCCCAAAGCCCAAGGUUACAAUGGCUGUUACAUUAUGGUUACUUAAUAAAUAUUUGUUGAAUGAA